GACAGUUUAACGUUGGUGGCGCGGGAGGGGAAGACGGCCGCCCUGGGCUCUCCUGUCUCUUCCUCUCACUCUAACCCAACAUGUCUGCUAUGUCAUCAUCUGUCUAGCAUCAUGGUCGGUGCGAGGUGCCCUGUGACGUCACUCUACCGCCAUGAUAUCUGCAGGCAGCUUCCAGCCUGAGAUCAAGUUCCGGUGGUGCCGGACGGUGGGUUGCCGGGCGCCGGAGGUGUGGCUGGUGCUGACCUCUGUGACGGGGACACGAGUGUGCCUCACCUGGCAGCCUCACCUGGGCUGGUACGAGGCCACACCUACACCCAUACCUUGUGGCCUCCACACCGGCUUCAUACUCAUCAAAGACAAGGUACGUGACGCGAUCAGCGGGAGCCUGCAGGUGCGAGAGAGGGACUACAAGGUGGACCCAUUCCACAUCGUGCCACACAAGUUUGCUGUCGAGCUGUUCUUGCAGUCAGACCAAACUUCCCCUUUCUGGAGCGAUGUACCGGAGCUGCGACUGCGUUACCUCAGUUCCGAUCACCUAGAGAGACUCGUCGGCUCCACACACAAAGACUCACAUCCCUAUCACCAGUUUGGAACCCUCGGAGGUCGUAAAUGGGUUUCUUCCACCUCACUGAUUUACACUGGAGAUGAAGGAAAAGAAGAGGGAGCGUCUUCAAGCAUUCAAAAGAAUUUUGCUAGAUCAGAUGGCAAGACCAGAGUCCUCCCUAGAAGCUUAACCCGAGGAAGAUCUCACAGCCAGCUCCGGGCAUCAUCCACAUCAUUUAAUAACCUCAAAGACCAAAAAGAAGCAUCAAUAUCAUCGCCAAAUCUCUCACGUGCUUUCCAAGUUGCUGUUGAUUUGUCACAUGCUAGUUCAAAGUUCUUGGCUGGACUGUCUUCAACAAGCAGCGGUGUUUGUCUUGGGUUUGAGGAUGGCAGUGAGCCUCCGUCUCCAGAUAAUAAAGAAACCCCCAACAACAUCAGUCCUUACGCUGCUGGAGGAGAAACUUCACAGGACUCAGAAGACGCCGGUGAAGGUGCCAGACGAAAAAAAUCCUUGUUCAGUUCUCGAGAUAGAUCUCUCCGCAUAGAAGACUUAACUGGCGAAGAGGCCUGGAGAUGUAGGCGAGAGGCAGGAGCUAAGGGAUUCGAUGGAUCAAAUGCUUCCAGCACAUCAUAUGAGGAUCUUCUUGCUAAUAUUUCCUCAACCAGAAGAGCUACUUUUAAAACUGAGUUGAACCUGCUACGAUUUGACACUUUGGCACAAGAACGCUUGGUAAAGGAAAUAUUGGCUCCGUCGGACUCUGAUUUUGAAGACGAGGAGGGAGCUUGCGAAGUUAGUGACUCAGACAUUGCAGGAAAUUACGGAUGCGUUAUCACCUUUGAGAGUCGCAGCUCUAGCAUGGACGACGUUGGGUCUCCCAGAGCCUUGGAGGAAGUGCUCGUAUCGCUGACUUCCAAUGAUAGCCACCCCGAGGUUGUCUUUGAACCAUCAAAGCUCCAGCUACACUCUUCUGAUGAAGAGCAUGAUUCUGAGUUCAAUCUUGGAACAUCCAGCAGUUCUGAAAGGCGACAACCUGAGCCUAAACCAAGAACAGCCAUUCCUAGAUCAUGUUCAGGCCCAUCAAGUUUGAUAAAUAAGGUGCCAGUGCCAUCGCCUCCAAGACUGAAUGUUAGUCUGGUGUCCGAGACAUUAGUGAGUGUCGAGUCUCAUAAUGAAGGAUUUGAUUCUUCCUUGGACAGCUCUCAGGUGCAUGUCAAAGGCCCUCCGGAGGGGGACCAAGCCAUGUCUGAUGAAGACAUCAGCGAAAGUGAAGCAAGACACAGAGUGACACUUCAGGGGGAUGGCACUGUUACCGUGGCAGCGCUGACCAGUGACUCUCGCAUAACACCUGACAUUGCAGAAGAUGAUAACUUCCAGUACGAAUCUUUAAAGCACGAAGAUGAACACAUUCCAAUAGACAUAAGGAAUAUUGAUAGUGAAGACUCGACAGAAGGUGUUGCAUGCAAAUAUGGUGUUCGUUAUGAUGUGGCAGAAGAUGAAGCUUGCAGUUCUGCGGAAAGUGACAAAGAUGAGAGUGAAAGAAGCAACUUGCAUGAGUUAGAUAGGGCAGAAUCCAUUACCUCUUCCGUGGAUAGAGAAAUACCUACAGAUUCCUUUAGUGCAAUACCACUGGAAGACAGUCUAAAAGUCACUGUGAGAGAAGCUGAUCUCACAGGCACUAAGAGUGACGAAGAUAAAGACAAUGAAAGUGACUCGCGAGACCCUAACAGUGAUCCUAGUGAACAAUGUGAUGUGCCAAAGAGCUGCGACCAUCCAAAAAGCUUGUUGAACUAUAGUGAGUACAUUUCAGUUAUGAGUAAGUCAACAGAAAUUCAAAGUGGCAGUGAAAGUGUCGAGGCCACCUCUGGCGUAGUAAGUGCCACAGCCAGUACUUUAGCAGGUGAUGAUAGAGCCAGAACUUUAAUGGGUGAUGACAGAGCCAGAACUUUAACAGGUGAUGAUAGAGCCAGAACUGUAACAGGUGAUGAUAGAGCCAGAACUUUAAUGGGUGAUGACAGAGCCAGAACUUUAACAGGUGAUGAUAGAGCCAGUACUUUAACAGGUGAUGACAGAGCCAGAACUUUAACAGGUGAUGAUAGAGCCAGAACUUCAACAGGUGAUGAUAGAGCCAGAACUGUAACAGGUGAUGAUAGAGCCAGAACUUUAACAGGUGAUGAUAGAGCCAGAACUUCAACAGGUGAUGAUAGAGCCAGAACUGUAACAGGUGAUGAUAGAGCCAGAACUUGUACAGGUGAUGAUAGAGCCAGAACUUCAACAGGUGAUGAUAGAGCCAGAACUGUAACAGGUGAUGAUAGAGCCAGAACUGUAACAGGUGAUGAUAGAGCCAGAACUUUAACAGGUGAUGAUAGAGCCAGAACUUUAACAGGUGAUGAUAGAGCCAGAACUUUAACUGGUGAUGAUAGAGCCAGAACUUUAACAGGUGAUGAUAGAGCCAGAACUUUAACAGGUGAUGAUAGAGCCAGAACUUUAACAGGUGAUGAUAGAGCCAGAACUUCAACAGGUGAUGAUAGAGCCAGAACUGUAACAGGUGAUGAUAGAGCCAGAACUGUAACAGGUGAUGAUAGAGCCAGAACUUUAACAGGUGAUGAUAGAGCCAGAACUUUAACAGGUGAUGACAGAGCCAGAACUUUAACAGGUGAUGACAGAGCCAGAACUUUAACAGGUGAUGAUAGAGCCAGAACUUUAACAGGUGAUGACAGAGCCAGAACUUUAACAGGUGAUGACAGAGCCAGAACUUUAACGGGUGAUGAUAGAGCCAGAACUUUAACAGGUGAUGACAGAGCCAGAACUUUAACAGGUGAUGACAGAGCCAGAACUUUAACAGGUGAUGACAGAGCCAGAACUUUAACAGGUGAUGACAGAGCCAGAACUUUAACGGGUGAUGACCAUGGCAGAAACAGAUCAUCAAUUGAUGAUAACAGAGACAGAAUUUCAAGAAGAAAUGCCAGAAGCAAAACAUACAAUGUCAGUGACAGGAGCAAAACGUUAACAAACAGAACAUUCGAUGAUAGAACUUUUGAAAGUGAUGACAGAGGCAGAACUUUAGAUAGUAGAACUUAUAAAAGUGGUGACACAAACAGAACUUUAGAUAGUAGAACUUAUAAAAGUGGUGACACAAACAGAACUUUAGAUAGUAGAACUCAUAAAAGUGAUGACAGAGACAGACAUUUUUAUGGUAGAACUUACAAAGGUGGUGACAAAGGCAGGCUUUUAUACGGUGGAGCUCACACAGACGUUGGCAAAAACAGAGGUGUGAUAGGUGAUGAAAGAGGUGUAAGUUUUGCGGAUGUCGGCAAAACUUCGGCAGGUAGUGAUGUGAGCAGAUAUGAGACAAAUGGAAGUUUUCUGUCUGGACAAUACGGAGGCGAUAAGAAGUUGAGGGCUAGCGUUGGUGGAAGAAGACAGGGACAGCACCCACCAGGGUCAGCGACCAGUGAUCAGCACCCUGAGAGAGAUGCGGAAAGCCACCAACCGCACUUACGGUACGUGAGACUGCAGAAUGCCGGCACGCAAACAACGCAGACGAAACGGACGUCGAAAAUGGCAUCAUCGUGGACUUAUAAAUUCAAUGAAGGAGAAGGUGUCACCGUUGGUUCGGCCGCCAAAUACAGCCGCUCUCCCCUGCGCAAUGGACAGACAGAGCCCCCAUUUACACCACUACCAGACCGACUGAGUGGCCCCUGGUCGCAGAGACUUGCCAGGGGCCCGUCACCUUCCCCUGCCAAUGCCGACCUGGCUGCCCUACAAAGGAACCUAUAUAACCUAGUGCAAGGACACGAGAAUACAAUGUAUCUGAGGCAACUGCAGAAUGGGUUGCGACAUAAGGCAUAUCUUGCCCCACACCUGAGCCAACACAUCCACCCUGGCUCCGUACAAGACCCGCCUCCCCGCCGCCAACAGUCCUCCGUGAAUCCACCCCAUCACCAUGAGUCUCCCGUCAAACAUCACUGCCACCAUCCACCCGUCCCCAAUUACCACCAAUCACCAGUCCAUCAAUCCGCCACACCUAUCCACUACAAGUACCCAGUGCUGAACUCUACCUUCGUUCAGUCGUCCUCCUCCCUGGCCUACUUCACCACUCGACCUCACCUGGGGGCGCGGGAUGGACCGCCUCCAGGAGACAGAGCAGCAGGGGUCAGUUAUGGCGGCAGUGCAAGAGACCUAACUAGGCUCCACCAUACCAACACUUUCUUCCACCACCGUGCUGGUGCAGGUGGGUCAAGUAUCCGCAGUGCCGCCAGCCUUCCAGACCUGCAACAUCCAGUCUCCAGCCACCUAAGAGUGCCUAGUCAAUCCUCAUCAUUCUCUCACACUAACCCAGGCCCAACACACGCCCACUCUGCCUUUGACGUGAUGGUUGGUAGUGGCAGCAGUGUUGGGCUGAAGGGGCUGUACUGGGAUGAGAGUGAUAGUGGUGGAUCUACGGACUCCCUCAUUGAUGAAGCUGAACACAUCACCACCACCCCACUCGACCCCAACAUUUACAAUAUUUACCCUCGUAUCCAUGAUUGGGAUAUGCCAAAUAGAAAGCACCACAAACAGCGAAGACGAAGGACACGUUCACACCAGGGAGGGUUCAGUGCUUGGAGAAGUGAAGCUGAUUCUGCUAGUGUAGGAACUAGCAGUGGACGUCCAUACCUGCCAUACCGUGGGGACCAGCUCUCCCCUGGCCAGCAGGUGAAGGUGCUAGCUCCAGGAGGAGGCGUGGCUGUAGCUAGAGUCCUGACAAAUCAGAAGUCUUCAUGGCAGAUAAAUGACAAAAUUCAUCACACUUCUGCUCCUGUUUCAUCUGCUUCAGUGACAGUUAUCCUAUUGAGUGAGCCUAACAGGCUGCAGGGAAGUGUGGUGACUGUUCCUCUGGAGAAGGUCCUACUUGCGUGGCCUAGGAUUUGACAAAACUACAUAAACUUUAGUUUUACGAAGCUACGUAAACUCCAAUACAUAAUCAAGCAAUGCCAAUUUGCCAUAUAAAAAAUACAGUAUGCUGUAUUGUACUGUAGACUGAUAUUCUUUGUAUCAUGCAGCCCAUAGCAUAAACAAAUGUACUAACAAUUUAUCAUAUACCAGUAUAUUUGGCCAAUUAAGACAAACCGUGUUAAUUCUGUUAGUAAAUGGGGUUAUAAUCAAACUGUUUUUCUUGCACUUGUUUUUAUUAUCCCAGCACACAGGACGAUCAGUUUUCAAGCUUUUCUUGCUAUACAUUAAAUUUUGUAUAGCAGUAGAUCUGGUCAGGAAAUUCAGAAACUGGAAUGAGAGUCAUGAGAUGCGAGAACAGAUAAGUACUGCAUAGGGCAAGAGUUAAUUUUAAGGUCUGCUGUACUCUCAGUUGCCCUUCAUGACGUCCACACAGUAAGAUGUACAAACUUCAAAACAACACUCAUGUGUAAGCAAGAUACAGCAAUGUUAAAAUAUGAUGAUAAAACUGAUAGAUUAAUGCCACUGCAUGACCAACACUAUCAUCAUAUUUGUAAAGUACAGUAUUGUGAUAAAUGGACUAAGGGAAUUUAGCUUUUUGUUUGGCCUUAACAAGCUUAUCUCUCCUAAUACUGUACCAUGUGGCUUUAACUUGGCCACAUAGUACUGUAACUGUACACAGUUUUUUUCACAAAAAAAGAAAAUUACCUUUUGUAUUAGGUAAAUAUACAUUUGUUUAUUUUUUUUUUUAAUGCAGUACUGUACUGUACAUGUACACUGUAUACUAUAUAUGCAAAUGACAAGUUUUGUACUUUUUUUUUAUCAAUUUUUGAAUCAUUUUGUUUUAUCUGUACAGUACUGUACAGUACUUAAUUUGCUAAUGAUUUUUCACUAUUGAAAAAGCUGCAUUGCAGGCUUAAACAUUUAAAAUUUUCUCAUGUAUCAAUAUAAAUAAUUUAACAAAUAUUUUAAAUGUUUCCUAUUUAGAUUUUAACUAAACAGCAACAUCUGCCGAUAGAAGCAUCAUCAGAAUCAGUAAAUUAUAUAUUUACGAUGUUCAACAAUUGGCAUUCUUAGUGCAAUUUUACUAUAGUAUAAUAAAAUAUUUUGAAGCUUGUCGUACAACAGGGCUGUCAGUAGCCAAACUGGAAAAACUCUUUGAUUGUAAUAUUUUUACUCAUUGCCAGGAAUUUUAUCUUAGUUGUUUAUUAAAAUAGCUUACACAUGAAAAUGUGGAUGUAAUUCAGAAUAUUUGUUAAUGCUUAUUAUCCAUUUCUGAAUAUUAGAACUGGCAAAUCGUGCUCAGAUAUUGAAAGUACGUGUAGUCAGAAAGUGUAAAAUUAAAAAGAACUGAAGAUCAAGCUCUUUUUCUUUUUUCUUAUAUAUAUACAAUUCUUUCUUCAUUUUUUUUUUUAUAAAAUUUAUAUUUGAAUUUAUUUUUAUGUUAGAUUUCUAGUCAGCUAGUAAGUUCCAUUUUAGUUAACCCUUUAGCUACAUAGUUUGAUUUCUAGUGUCAAUCAUUUUGAGAAGUGCUUUUUAAACUUUUUAAGUGGAAAAAGCUGUUUUCAAGAAACAGGAAUGACAUCAUUUGGGAGUCAUGUCAAGUUCAUUUCCUUCACUAAUAUGGGAAACUCUGCUGCAUAAAAUUGAUUUGGGCCCAUUAUUUUGAGGAUGGAUUGCACACAGAACCACUGCCAACCAUUAAUCAUCAGCAUCUAAAAUAUAAUGAAACCCUAUAUUUAACCAACUACUAAUUUCAUCCAGUCUGUUUCCAUUCAGACAUUGACUCAAUCCCCCGUCUGAGACAGAAGCUCUAAAGAAAUUGUCAUAAAUUUGGUGGCAAUCAAUGACUGCAGAUUGCUGACAACCAUGUACAGGAACAAAAAAGUCGAGAGAAGAAAUGGAAAAGAUGGUGAGGCGAGCCAGAGUUUUGUGGCACUAAGUACUGUAUGCAGAUGAUGAGUCGCCAUAACAUGGCUGAAAAAAUGUUGACCAAACCACACACUAGAAACCGAAGAGACGACGACGUUUCGGUCCGUCCUGGACCAUUAUCAAGUCAACUGUUAAGAGACAAUGUCGAAACGUCAUCGUUUCGUCGUUGAAACGUCAUUGUCUCGUCGUCGAAACGUUGUCGUCUCUUUAGUUCCUAGCGUGUGGUUUGAUUAACAUUAAGUACUGUAUGUCACAAUUUAUUUGGUAAGUAGGGCUGCAAUACUUAAGGGUUGUGGUUAAAUAGUGUCUUCAAUGACACAUUUCUUUUGUACCAAUAGGUCCAUAAUGUUUCUCAAGAUAUUGGAGACAUUCAUAUGAUUUGUUAAUACUGUACUGUACUAUAAUAAAUUACCAGGAAUUGAAGUGUCGCUGUAUGAAGGGCUACUGAUUAGUGAUAAUCAUUCAAUUGUACCUACCUAUAGGAAACUGUACCUGUGUGGAAAAUUAUAUAUCUUUGUAUUAUUCUGAACUUUUGUAAUCAAUCCAUGCACUUAAUACAUAAAACAAGUUUGGCAUAUCGGUCACUUUGUCAACUUAACCUACUGCCAUUUAUCAAUAUGAAAAUACAAUACAAUUAAACUUUACUACAUAACA